AUGCCUCGCCAGUUCCCGAAGGUAACUCUGAGUGAGGCAGAGGAGGAGACUCAGCUGCUAGCAGAGAAAGUAUAUGCAUCUGCGUUAAAGGAAGAAGACAACAAGGAUGCCUUAUCAAUGUUUACCGUGCCAGAGGACUGCCCGAUUGGCCUCCAGCAAGCAAUGGAACAUGAACUGCUUAAGGAGCUGGCAGAGCAACAGUCAGAGGAGACUACCAAGAGGAAGAAAAGCUUGAAGAUGAUUCGUUCCCAGUCAAUGUCCCUGCAGAUUCCAAUGAAUACAGAUUGGACGCGGUCAGUAGCUGUUACACCGUUCUUGUCCCCCAGCUCCACCUGUUCAUCAGUGCCAGAAAACUGCCCUGAUUACCAGAGGGUCACAAUAAGUGGGGAUUACUGUGCUGGAAUCACUGUGGAGGACUAUGAACAGGCAGCCAGAAGUCUGUUUAAGGCCCUGCUUAUUCGUGAGAAAUACUCAAAGCUAGCCUAUCAUAGAUUCUGCAGAACCACAGCCCAUUUCCUCCGCAGAGCUGAGAGCAUGAGAUGGAGCGAGGAAGAUGAAGUUCUACCAGAUAUGUGCCCAUGUCCAUCAGACAGGGAUGAUCCCUACAGCAUGGAGAACAUCCCUGAGAACCUGAACUAUGAACUGAAAAUGAAGGACGGAAUAGUGAAUGUGUAUGACAAUGCAGAGGCUCUGCGGGAAAACAAUCCCCAUGACCUUCCUUACCCAGACUUGGAGACUUUUGCCAUAGACCUCAGUCAUGUAUUGGCAAUGAUUGCAGAUGGACCAACGAAGACCUACUGUCACAGACGACUAAAUUUCUUGAGUUCGAAGUUCUACCUCCAUGAGAUGUUGAAUGAGAUGGCUGAGCUAAAGGAACUGAAAAGUGUGCCGCACAGAGAUUUCUACAAUGUUAGGAAGGUGGACACACAUAUUCAUGCAGCUGCCUGCAUGUCUCAGAAACACCUGCUGACCUUCAUCCAGAAAACAUAUAAGACUGAUGCAGACCAUGUGGUUUUGGAAAAGGCUGGACAAAAGAUGACUCUAAAGCAGGUUUUCCACAGCCUCAAUAAGGACCCCUAUGACCUUACUGUGGACUCCCUGGAUGUACAUGCUGGGAGACAAACUUUCCACCGGUUUGAUAAGUUCAAUUCAAAAUAUAACCCAGUGGGAGCCAGUGAACUCAGAGAAAUCUUCCUGAAAACAGACAACCUCAUUAAUGGAGACUAUUUUGCUCGUAUCAUAAAGGAAGUGGCCCAUGACCUGGAGGAGAGUAAGUAUCAGCAUGCAGAGCCGCGCCUGUCCAUCUACGGACGCUCUCCAGAGGAGUGGGACAGUCUGUCUAAGUGGUUCAUUCAUCACAAAGUGCACUCUCCAAACAUGAGGUGGAUCAUUCAAGUGCCCAGAAUAUAUGACAUUUUCAAGUUGAAGAAGCUGGUACCUAAUUUUGCCAAGAUGCUGGAGAACAUAUUCCUUCCUCUGUUUGAGGCCACUGUAAACCCACAGAAGCACAAAGAACUUCAUGUUUUCCUCAAAUAUGUGUCAGGCUUUGACAGCGUGGACGAUGAGUCCAAACACAGUGAUCACAUGUUCUCCUUCAGGAGCCCAAAGCCAGAACAGUGGACUGCAGAUAAUAACCCUCCCUACAGCUACUACAUCUUCCACAUGUAUGCAAACAUCAUGGUCCUCAACAACCUCAGAAAAGAGCGUGGACUGAGCACUUUCCAGUUCCGUCCCCACUGCGGAGAAGCUGGAUCAAUCACUCAUUUGGUCUCUGCUUUCGUCACCACUGACAACAUCUCACAUGGACUCAACUUGAAGAAGAGCCCUGUGUUGCAGUACCUGUACUACCUGGCCCAGGUGCCAAUCGCAAUGUCUCCACUCAGCAACAACAGUCUGUUCCUGGAAUACUCCAAAAAUCCUCUCAGAGAGUUCCUGCACAAAGGCCUGUGUGUCUCCUUGUCCACAGAUGAUCCCAUGCAGUUCCACUACACCAAGGAACCACUGAUGGAGGAGUACGCCAUAGCUGCUCAGUUGUGGAAGCUCAGCACUUGUGAUGUGUGUGAAAUAGCCAGGAACAGUGUGCUGCAAAGUGGACUGUCUCACCAGGAAAAGAUGCACUUCUUAGGAGUGAACUAUCUAAAAGAUGGACCUGAAGGAAACGAUAUCCGUCGGACCAAUGUCGCCCAGAUCCGCAUGGCCUACAGACACGAGACACUGUGCAAUGAACUUAGCUUCAUAGUCGAUGCUGUGAAGUCUGAUCUGGUGAAUGAGUAAAAUGGACCUCACAUUAGAUUGAAUCCAAGCAUGCUGAGCUCCCAGUUACCGCCAUUUACUUUUAGCUUGAAAAUUGGCACUGAGUGACCAUAUUGAUUAAACAAAGACAAAUGAGAAGAGAAAAUUAGCUGCUCACAUAUUCAUAACAAAGGAGAUUGGUAAAGUGAAGAUGCAUGACUUGGAUGACUGAUAGCACUUUGGUUCUCAAAGGGUCGAGAGCUCGAUGUGUAAAGCAGAAUUACACGUUUGUCAUCACACAAACCCACUAUGUAUAAACAACUGUACCUUACACUCCAUUUUGUGGUAGGGGUAUGUCAUAGAAACUGUUUGAAAGUUUUUCAGGUACUGUAUACACUGCACAUCAGACAUACGAACACUUGAGAGCUUUGCACAAUGUUAGUUCAGACAACUCUGACAACUGAUGGAGGAUGUCUGGGACAUUUCCUCUGUCUCUCCCUAAAUAGCUUGUUUCAAGAGGUUUCAGUGAUUUUUUUCUUUGGGAAAGAUAUUGACAUAAGAAAGAUUAAGAAG